AAAUCGAGAGAAACGAAAUUGCCGCGCUCUCACACGAGGCAGAACGACGUAUAUUGUUUCAAAAUGGCGGUUUAGAUAAGACAAGUGGGUGUAUAGGUCUGCGAUAGAUAAUAACUCCAUACCAGUGUGGGUUGCGAUAGAACCAAGGUCUCCGAGUGUGCCGACCCUCUAGCCAGUAUGACCAGCAACAGUGCUCCCUUAGGCUACUCCAUCGUCCCCAUCACCAACCGCGAUAGUGACAGGGUUCUGGACUUGCUGCGGAGAUUCUUCUUCCGCGAUGAGCCACUCAACGUGUGCGUCGGUCUUCUGGAUAAUCCCCAGGAUACCUGCGAAGAGCUGGAGCAGUACUGCAUGGAGUCCAUCGGUGAUGGUGUGUCUAUUAUGGCAGUCAGCCCUAACGGGAAUAUUCUGGGAGUCUGCAUCAACGGCACGCUGACCCGAGACGAGAAGUCCAGCGAAAACAAGAACGACGAGGACGAGUGCUCAAACCCCAAGUUCAGGAAAAUACUGAAGCUGCUGUCCACGGUGUACCGAGAAUCCAACGUGUUCAAGCAGUUCCCAGAGGUGGAUAAGUUGUUGGACAUCAGGGUAGUCUCGGUGGACGAUUCCUGCAGAGGGCAAGGCAUUGCCAAGGCGCUCUUCGAUAAGACCAAGAAUCUAGCCAAGGAGUUGAAUAUCCCGCUGGUCCGUGUCGACUGCACUUCACACUUCUCGGCCAAGGCUGUGGCCAGGCUCGGGUUCGACUGUGUGUACACCCUGCCGUACAGCGAGCACCUAGACAGUGACGGAUAUCCCGUGUUCACCCCUGAGUUGCCGCACACCUGUGUCAAGACCUACGUGCAUCUCGUCGACCUGGACGGAAGCCAAUAGGAUGCUGAUUCUCCAAUAUUUACUAGUCAUGAAGCAAAUACUAUACUCAAUUACCUUUUUUUAAAACAAUCCAAAUACAGUGUAGCCUAGAUAGUCUUUGUGUAGUAGACAAUUUGUAUGUGUUUUAAAUCCACAGUGAAUAUUUUAUGAAUUUUUAAGACCAAGCAUACUUUUACUCUUACAAUAGUUUUGAUCUGUUUAGACACAAAACUGGAUUUUCCUUUUUGAAAAAAAGUAAGAAGUAGUCAUUUAAAGACGAAUAAGACGAAGUAGUGAACAGCGUAGUUUUUCCCUAUCACACACUAUUAAUUUGCAAAAAAUAUCUAAGGCAAAAAUAAUGGGGUUUAUACUUUUGUUUCUGAUUAGUAAAAACAUUACUAUAUUUCUUUUUGGAAUAUUUAUUGCUUUCAGUACAAGAAAAUAAUUAUAUUAGCCUAGAGUAAACUUUCGUGGGCCACUUUGGAAAAGUUCAUUUUCAUUAACUUACUGAAUACAGCGAAAGGUGUACAAUUGAGAAUUUAAAUUUAGGCUGCACUGGUUUUGUUACCUGAUAAAAACCAAUCAGAGCAUUUUUGUGUAAAUAAAUUGUAAAUUUAUGCCAAAUCAAUGUUAUAAUAAUUUGACAUUGAAAACCGUCACCUGAACCAUUGUUUGUAUAUUCCUAAUUAAUAAAACUUUUCUCUUCAUGUUUUUAAUGAUGCAGAUACAAGAUAAAUACAAUUUUAAUGUUUAGAGCACAAAUUAAGUUUAGUGAAAUCAUUCAUAUGUAAUAUAUUUCUACAUUAAUCCUACACUUAUCCAAUGAUAUCUAUGUUUAUCGGUUUGAUGUUAUCACUUAAGCAUUUUCUAUGUUUUGUUAAUGUUAAUGUAUACUGUAACUAUUAUCGUACCCAAAUUCUUAGUUGUAAAGAUAAAACUAUGGGAAACCUAUUUGUUACUGUAGACUGUAGAAUGUAGCAUUUAGUAUUCAGUCUCUUAGCUAGGUCUGCAAACCCUUAUUAUAAUUCAGACUUGGUAGAUUGUUAAAAAAAACUGGGUGGUUUUGAUAAGCGAUUACCACAUUAUUUGAGCAUUUGUGAUAAAGGAAGCGAAAUGUUUUUAUAAGUUUAAGUAUUGUGAUAGUAUUUUUAGAAACUAAAAAACUGUACAUUUGUGUUUGAGUAUGUUUAUGUGUAAUGAUGGAUAUAAGUUACCAUUGGUUGGCUUUAAAAUACUAAAAUAUCAAGUUAUUAAACUUAUUGUUUAUAUUGUUUAUCGGUAGAAAAUCUUGUUGGUCCCAUUAAUUGUUUACUAUAGUGUUUUUACUAUAUAAUAUAACAAAUGUCAUAUAUAAUAUGACAAUUUAUAUAUUAGUAGUUUAUAUAUUUUAAAAUGGCCAUAAAAUACAUUUACUGUAAAAAACUGUAAUACAAAUUUGCUACGGGCAUUUUAUAAAGUGUACUAAUUUAAUUUAAAGGGCAGUGUGAAUUUUGGAAUGUCUUCCAAGGGACAGAAACUGUGAUACAUUGAAUAAAAAAAGCAAAAAUGUAAAUGGAUUUUGUUACAGAUUAAAUUAAAAUUAUAUUUA